AUGGCUUACUACGACAACCGAUCUCAAGGCCAAGGCUACUACGCCCAAGACCAGUACGGCCAGCAACAGUCCUACACUGGCAACGGCCCACCAUCAGUCCCCGCACCAUGGGUCGCUGAAUGGGACUCGCAGAACGGCUGCUGGCUCUAUGUCAACCGCGAGACAGGUCAGCGCACCUUCGAGCGCCCACAGUACUCCUACCAAGAUGCAAACCUGCCAAACUACGGCUCAGGUUACGACCGAGGAUACGGCGGACAAGCUCAAGGAGACUACUAUCCACAAGAGCCACCAAAGGAAUCUCACACUGGUCGAAAUAUGGCUCUGGGUGCAGCUGCUGGCGUACUCGGUGGUGCUUUAUUGAUGCAUGAGGGCGAGAAAGCCGAAGACAAAUGGGACGACGCGAAAUAUACGGCCGAAAAUGACGUUGCAAACGGCAUUCAACACGUGGAGGAUUUCCCGGAAAAUGCUGCUCGCUGGACUGGUGAGAAGGUUCAAGAUAUUGAAGACAUUCCUCAAGACAUUGAGAACAAAUGGGACAACGCCGUCCAGGAUGUUGAAGACAUCCCUGAGGAUGUUUCUGGCUGGGUUGGCAGGAAGGUGGGAGAUGUCGAGAGGUUUGACGACAACAUCGACAACGCUUAUGAUCAAGGACGUGACGAUGCAAGGUACGAGGAUGACGACCGAUAUUGA